AUGACAUGCUCUACUCCUUCAAAGAAAUAUCUUGAAAUACUUUCCAGAAAAUCUGUUCGUCUCUCCAAACCCACACCCAAACUUAUCGUACUUGAUCUUAAUAGUACUUUAUUGCACCGUAGCAAAAAGAAACGCACCCGUGGUACUUUGCGUCCUUACCUUAAAGAAUUCCUUCAAUAUCUAUUCGAUAGCACUGAAGGAACAAGUGAGAAUUUUGACUUUUCAGUGAUGGUGUGGUCAUCUGCCAGGCCUCAAACUGUCGACGCAUUAGUCGAUAAGGCAUUCGGACGUUAUAGAAGUCGAUUAGUUGCAAUAUGGAGUCGCAAAAAAUUUGGAUUAAAUGAGCAUGCGUAUCAUCGAAAAGUAUCAGUGAUAAAAGAUUUAGAAACUGUUUGGGAUGAAUUAAAUCGGCACCAUAAUAAUCAUGAUGGUUCGUCCUCAGAAUCGUUGAAUGAUGGUAUAUACACUUCUAUUACAUUUUCCCCAUCCACAACACCGCGUUCCGUACCCUCAACGAAUAAUAUCAUCGAGAUGUUACCGCAGGCAAUUGAUCUUGACACGAUAAAUAAUACUUCAUCGCAUAUAUGGGAUCAAACGAACACAAUUCUUAUUGAUGAUUCGCCCUCAAAAGCCGUGUUGCAACCAUAUAACGCCAUACAUCUGCUUCCUUUUGAUUCUCCAAGACGUCAAUUAGCUAAAGAUAAAGAACUGUUGAACAUUAUAAAAUAUUUGGAAUUUUUAAAAUAUCAGGAUAAUAUUAGUGCUUACAUGAAGGAACACGCAUAUGUUUCCACUGAGUUCAACCAGGAAAUUGCCGAGAAAAUGAAUUGA